UUUUUUUUCAUUUCGAUUUUAAUACAAAUGAAUGAUGAUGAUGAUGAUGAAUAAACCCAUUGUGUGUAUAUAUAAACUACAGCAACAAGUUUAUUUUAAACACAACAACAAAUAAGACCGACAUAUAUCAUGCUUAAAUAAAUCAAUAAUAACCAUAACCAGAAACAAAACAAAAAAAAAAAAAAAUUUUACGCGCGCGCGACAAACUUGUCUUUGGAUUUUAUCCAUCAAGGUUAAUAAAUAUAUUAUUACAACAACUUUGUUUGAUUGAUGAGAUUUAUAUAUACCGUUAUAUAUGUGUGUGUGUCAUUCAAAAAAUCGAACGAAUCCCCUGGUAUGAUUUUCGUGAUAUAUCAGUGAAAUUUUUUUUUUUUUCAUUUCUUUUCAGAUAGAACGAAACAAAACAAAACAUCAAACUCACUUGUUGUUUUCACAUUUUGUUUGUUUGUUUGUUUGUUUAUGGAUUUUGUGGCCAACUGAAUGAAUUGAGCACCUCAUCAUCAUCAUCAUCGUGAAUGAAUGAUACAUUCAAAAACACACACACACACAUUGAAUGACAAUAACGACUACAACGACAACAACAAAUCAGAUCAUAUUUAAUGGCAAAAUAACAGCAAUAAUAGAUGAAAAUUAAAAAUAGCGGCAACCCCCAUAUCACCAUCAUCUUUCACUUUGUUCAUAAAGCCCCACCGUUAAUAAUAAAAUCAUUAUAAUCAAGUGCAGAAAAUUUCAUUAAUUUAUUGUGGUUGUGUGUAAAUGUACGAAGAUAAUAGAACGAAUAGAGAAAACAACAACAACAACAAAGAAAAAAAAACAUCAACAAACCUGGUGAUGAACAACACAAAAGAAGUUUUUAUUUUAGUUGAAAUUUAAUUUAAUUUUGUGAUUACGGUGAUCGAAACAAGAAGAAGAAGAAAAUUGAUCAAUUAUGAUAUAUAAUCGAAUUUGAAUAUCAAUGGGACAUACUGACUAAAUAACCACAACAUCCAAUAAUGGUUGAUAUGAAUAAUAAUAAAAAUUUUAGUGAUAAUAAUUUUGAUAAUAAAACAACAACAUCGUCAUCCACAUCAUCAUCGUCAUCAUCAUCGUCAUCAUCAUCAUCAUCAUCAUUGAGAUUAUUAUCAUCAACAAAUUUUAAUAAUAAUAACAAUCAUCAACAAAAAUCCAAUUGGCAUUAUGUGAUUUCUGGUUUUCUUUCCGGUUGUGCAACACGUUUUAUUUGUCAACCAUUGGAUGUGCUUAAAAUACGUUUUCAAUUACAAAUUGAACCAAUAUCACGUUCAUCAUCAAUAUCAAAAUAUCGUUCAUUAACACAAACAUUUUCCUGUAUUAUACGCGAAGAAUCUGUUUAUGCCCUUUGGAAAGGACAUGUUUCUGCACAAAUGUUGUCCGGUAUUUAUGGCAUGGCAUAUUUUUCAUCAUUUGAAAUUCUCACCAAGUUAACAUUGAAAUGGCUAAUUGAUCAUGAAGAAAUUAUCUCACAUAAACAUGUAAUGCAAUCACAGCCAUUAGUUCAUUUUAUUUGUGGUUCAAUGGCCGGUUUUACUGGCACAUUAUUAUCACAUCCAUUUGAUGUUAUACGUACACGUAUGGUAUCACAAUCUGAACCGAAAACCUAUCAUAAUACACGGCAAGCAUUUAUGGCCAUUGCAAAAUAUGAAGGCCGUGUUGGUUUAUAUCGUGGUUUCCUGCCAACAUUAAUGCAAAUAAUGCCAUUUUCUGGUGCUCAAUUCGCUACAUAUAAUAUAUUUAAAGAAAGAUGGUUACAACAUUAUCAUUCUGAUCAUAUUGCCAUAAAUAUUGGUUAUAAACAUGGCCAUGAAAUUCAUAUACAAUCAAGUUUUUUCUGUGGUGCCCUAUCCGGUAUGGUAGCCAAAUUUCUAGUCUAUCCAUUAGAUUUGGUUAAAAAACGUUUACAAAUACGUGGCUUUGAAGCAGCACGUGGCAAUAGUUUUGGUAAAACUGUACAUUAUGAAGGUUUCAUUCAUUGUAUUGUACAUACUAUACAAACAGAAAAUUUGGCCGCUUUUUAUAAGGGUAUGAUACCGAGUAUUUUUAAAUCAACCCUUUCAACUGCAUUACAUUUUUGGCUAUAUGAAUCAUUAGUGAAAAAACUAAAUAAUUCUAAUGAUGAUUAGAAGAAAGAAACAAAACAAAACAAAAAAUUGCGUUGCUCAGAAAAAUAUAAAUCUUUGCCAUUUUUUGUUGUUGUUGUUAUUUUUCGUAUUCAAAAUUGUGAUUUUCACCGGUUAAUAUUCAU